AUGGAGCGAAGGGUACGCGAUCUGAAGUCUGGGCGUGGCGAGUGUAAGGACCAUUCUUCUAGCGCAGUUGGAUAUUUGAUUCGAUUACCAAGAGGUUUUUACUUAACCCAAGAUUCGCUGAAAAUAGUGGGGUCAUCAAAUUCUCCAGUGAAAGUGUACGUUAUGCUCCAUCACAAGAGUCCGCACGUAUUAUGUGUCACCCAACGACUGCGAAAUUCAGAGCUGAUAGACCCGUCAUUCCAGUGGCAUGGGCCCAAAGGAAAGAUUGUUUCAGAAAACAGCACUGCACAGAUAACGUCCACAGGAAGCCUUGUGUUCCAGAACUUCGAGGAGGGCAUGACUGGCGUUUACACGUGUUUCCUCGAGUACAAACCGACCGUGGAAGAAGUUGUUAAAAAUCUCCAACUGAAAUACGUCGUUUACGCUUAUCGCGAGCCUCAUUUCUACUACCAGUUCACUGCUCGGUACCACGCGGCGCCCUGCAACAGCAUCUACAAUAUUUCUUUUGAGAAGAAACUUCUUCAGAUCUUAAGCAAAUUGGUUCUUGACCUUUCUUGUGAAGUUUCCUUACUGAAGUCUGAAUGCCAUCAUGUUAAAAUGCAAAAAGCUGGUUUGCAAAAUGAAUUGUUUUUUACAUUUUCAGUUUCGUCUCUAGACUUUGAAAAGGGACGUAAGCCGUGUGUAGGCCGCAACUGUGACGCCACCAGAAGGCUGUCAAAGGCUAAAAAUCUUAUAGAGAGAUUUUUUAAUCAGCAAGUGGAAGUUCUAGGCAGACGUGCAGAGCCAUUGCCUGAAAUAUACUAUAUUGAAGGUACUCUCCAUAUGGUGUGGAUUAACCGCUGCUUCCCGGGGUAUGGGAUAAAUACCCUUAAACAUCCACGAUGUCCUGAGUGCUGUGUGAUCUGCAGCCCGGGGUCCUACAACCCCCGCGACGGGACGCACUGCCUUCCGUGCAACAGCAGCCUGGCCUUCGGAGCGAGAGCGUGCCUCUAG